AUGCAAAUCACCAGCAAGCUGAGGUUGACCCUCAGGUCCGCAGCCCUCCCUCGGAGUGUUGAGGACCUGUUGGAUGUGGCUCGUCGGGGGCUCUCCAGUGCUCCUUCGCUGAAGGAGGCCCUGGCAGAGAAGAUUCUCGCGGAGCAGGAGCGUGUCAAGGCCCUGAAGAAGGAGCAUGGCAGCAAGAUCCUGGGUCAAGUCACCGUGGAGCAGGCCAUCGGCGGCAUGCGCGGCAUUCCGUGCAUGUUGUGGGAGACCUCCCUCCUGGACGCGGACGAGGGCAUCCGCUUCCGCGGCUACACCAUCCCCGAGCUGCAGGAGAAGCUUCCCGGCGCCGCCCCCGGCGGCGAGCCCCUGCCCGAGGGCCUGCUCUGGCUGCUGCUCACCGGCGAGGUGCCCACCCCGGCCCAGGUGUCCUCAGUGACAGAGGAGCUGCGCUCCCGCUCCGCCCUGCCCAACCACGUCAAGGCGCUGCUGGGCUCGCUGCCGGCGGGCACGCACCCCAUGACGCAGCUGGCGCAGGCGGUGCUGGGCCUGCAGUCCGGCAGCAAGUUUGCGGCGGCCUACGACGCGGGCCUGCACAAGAGCCGGUACUGGGAGCCGGUGCUGGAGGACAGCCUGGACCUGAUCGCCAAGCUGCCGGAGAUCGCGGCCAUCAUCUACCGCAACGCGUAUGCGGGGGGCGAGCUGAUCGCCCCCGACCCGGCCCUGGACUGGGCCGCCAACCUGAGCGCCAUGAUGGGGUUCCGGGAGCACGGCGCGCUGGAGCUGAUGCGCCUGUACCAGACAAUCCACACAGACCACGAGGGCGGCAACGUGUCGGCCCACGCCACGCACCUGGUCGGCUCCGCGCUCUCCGACCCCUACCUGGCCUUCGCCGCGGGCAUGACGGGGCUGGCGGGCCCGCUGCACGGCCUGGCCAACCAGGAGGUGCUGCGCUGGAUCCAGCACGUGACGCGCGAGAUCGGGGAGAGCCCCAGCAAGGAGCAGCUCAGGGAGUUUGUCUGGGCCACGCUCAAGGGCGGCAAGGUGGUGCCCGGCUUCGGCCACGCCGUGCUGCGCCGCACCGACCCGCGCUACACCUGCCAGCGAGUGUUUGCGCAGAAGCACCUGCCCGACUACCCCAUGUUCAAGCUGGUCAGCGACCUGUACGAGGUGGUGCCCGACAUCCUCACCGCCACGGGCAAGGUGAAGAACCCCUGGCCCAACGUGGACGCGCACUCCGGCGUCCUGCUCCAGUACUACGGCAUCACCCAGGAGAGCUUCUACACCGUGCUCUUUGGCGUGUCGCGCGCCAUGGGGGUGCUGGCGCAGGGCGUCUGGUCCCGCGCGCUGGGCCUGCCCAUUGAGCGGCCCAAGAGCCUCACCGUGGAUGCCAUGCUGGACCGCGUCAAGGGGCAGUGA